CGCGCGUGUGUGUAGCUGUCAGUCCGUCAGAGCGGAUGAGCCGGAUACGCAAAUUCACACCGAAUUCAGACUCGGACACGUUCCACACUCGGAAUACUGACUUCGUCUAAAAAUAAACAUCUUUUCAGGGCAGACAAACGACAAAGAAAGAAAGAAAGUGGUAGUGGGAUUUUUCUUGAGACAUAUUUGAAGGGUUGAUGGCUUAGCCUGACUGGGGUGAGUUAACGUUAGCAUGCUAACGGAGCAGCGCCGCAGUGGAUGUCUCUCCAUCCGCUCUUUUUUCUUUAAAUUAAACUGACGUUGCUCAAAUUGCAUUUGCUUAUUCAUUUUCAGUGUUAUCAGCCAGUAUUUGUGCCGUCUUUUCUUUUAAGCAUAGUGUUUAAAAAGCUCCCGAGGUGAGACUGGCUAGUUAGCAAGUAAGGUACGUUAGGCUUACUAAUGAAGUCUUAAGGAGUCUUGCAGUUUACGGGCGAGAACUUAAAAAUAAUACGUCUUAUUGGUCUGAACAUUACUGUUGUAUGUAACAGCAGGCUGUUUUAUCACAUUUAGCGAGAUAUUCAUCUGUCUAGCGAGCUAAUACAGCUAACUAACUAGCUGGAUGCGGUUAGCUAACUGAACGGAACGUUAUGCCAAAUUAUAUUUUACUAAGAGACAGUUAGGACACCACUAGCUUAAAACACUUGUCACUGUGUGAUAGUUAAUUUAUUGUUAUACAACAUACAAUGGCCUCGGCUGGUAACAUGGUCUCAUCGUUUGCGAGUAAAACAAAAACGAAGAAGAAACACUUCGUGGCUCAGAAAGUGAAGCUGUUUCGUGCCAGCGACCCUCUGCUCAGUGUCCUCAUGUGGGGAAUAAACCACUCGAUAAACGAGUUGAGCCAUGUUCAGAUCCCCAUCAUGCUUAUGCCUGAUGACUUCAAAGCCUACUCGAAGAUUAAGGUUGACAACCACCUUUUCAACAAAGAGAAUAUGCCAAGCCAUUUUAAGUUUAAAGAGUAUUGCCCUCUUGUUUUCCGUAACUUGAGAGAGAGGUUCAGCAUUGAUGACCAGGACUUCCAGAACUCUUUGACACACAGUGCACCCCUCAUUAGUGAAGCUCAGGGCCGUAGUGGUGCUCGCUUCCACACCUCCUACGACAAGAGGUACGUCAUCAAAACCAUAAGCAGCGAAGACGUGGCUGAGAUGCACAACAUCCUCAAAAAGUACCACCAGUAUAUCGUGGAAUGUCAUGGUACCACACUGCUGCCACAGUAUUUAGGCAUGUACCGCCUCACUGUAGAUGGAGAUGAGACUUAUAUGAUAGUCACACGCAAUGUGUUCAGUCACCGGUUGUCUGUGUAUAAGAAAUAUGACCUGAAGGGAUCUACUGUUGCCAGAGAGGCAAGUGACAAAGAAAAGGCUAAAGAAUUCCCCACGUACAAAGACAAUGACUUUAUCAACGAUGGACAGAAAAUAUACAUUGACGAGGAGAGCAAGAAGACCUUCCUUGAUAAGCUACGAAAGGAUGUGGAGUUCCUUGCUUUGCUGAAGUUGAUGGACUACAGUCUUCUGGUCGGGAUCCAUGACGUGGAAAGGGCAGAACAAGAGGAGGUGGAGAGCGAGGAUAAUGAUGGAGAAGAGGAAGGAGAGAGUGAUGGAGGGAUUGUCGGCACUCCUCCUGACAGUCCCAGUUACACUCUGGACAGCACUAAACCACUCUCACCAGGAGACUUCAACCCCAGUAUUGACGUCUAUGCCAUCAAAAGCCAUGACAAUUCUCCCAGAAAGGAGGUCUAUUUUAUGGCUGUUAUUGACAUCCUUCAGCAUUAUGAUGCCAAGAAAAAGGCUGCUCAUGCAGCCAAGACAGUAAAGCAUGGGGCUGGGGCAGAGAUUUCCACCGUGAACCCAGAGCAGUACUCGAAGAGAUUCUAUGAUUUCAUCACUACCAUUCUGCCCUAGUCCGAGGUAGCUGAGCUGAGUCCACAGGGAUGAAGAGGGACGCCAGCAGAGGGGUGUUGAACACUCACUCACCUGCUCUGCCACAGGGGGGCACCCCUACAGCAGCUACAACCACCAUCCGUUUACAUUUUGAUUUAGUUUUAUUUGUCUUUUUUUGUUUUGUGGGACCAUGAGAGUGAUGGAAAAGGACAACAGUUGUAACUUUUUUUGGGAGGGGGACAGGGCGUUUUACUGCUUUCUUAUGCAUGCCCCUUAAUCUUGUUCGUUUCAUUUGAUAUUUUUCUUGCCUUUUAAAGCAGAAGAGGACGGCGAGAGGAAAGAGAGCUCAUGUGAUGGUCUGUGGCUCAGUUAGUGAAUUUACGUCUCUGAAAAAAAGGAUGCCAAAACACAAGUUCUUAAUUGGAACUGUAUGUGUUCUCUUGCUGAAUCAUUCAUCAAACACCCACCCGAACUCCUUCACGCAACCCUUGGCUGCCCGCUCUGCUUUCCUCCACUGGGGUCAACAGCUUCGUAGAGAGGCACCUGAAGCACUUGACACCACGGCACCUGCUAACUCUCCUUACUCGCACAGACUAACCAGAAACGUUCUUUGAGCCAUUUACAAAAGGAGGACCCAUCGCCUCCAAACCUGCCUUGUGUGGACAGACAGCUUUUGCAUGUUCUUUCAGUGUUCUUAGGCAAAUGCAUUGGAAUGGCGGCGAAGGUUCCAGAAAGUAUUUUUCGUUUGGCCUUUUUGAUUAAUUUUUUUAUUUUGUUUCGCAGCAACUUGACAGGAGGAAGAAUGGAGACACUGAGGCAGCAGGAUCAGUGGUUUCUCUUCAGUCAUCAGUGAUUUCUGUUACAUUAAUGAUUCAGUUACCAUCAGCACCUUAAACUGUUGCACUUUUUAUUAGGAUCACUCGGUCUGUUACGAGCUGCAAUGAUAGCACUAUGAGGCACUGUUCAACGCAGCCUUGCCAUUUCACGUGUUCUCAUGCAUACGCUCGUUCUCAACAGACAAAACAUAGUUUACCUCUUGCAUCAUACCAGGACACACCGAUUUGUGUUGUGUUUCAGUAUUCCAUGGAGGUUUGGGGAAGGGGUGCUUUGUUGUAUUUGUAUUUUUCAUUUUUUUUUAAACAUUGGUUUUGUUUGAAAUUGAGUACAGUAUAUGUCUUGUGAGUUUUGUUUGAAAUUCCUUUGAACGUUCAAAUUGGCAGCAAAAUAGAUGAAAUGUUGUAUAUUUUGCACAUGAUGAAUGGAACCAAAAUGUUCACGGAAUCCUGUUGGUUCUGCAGUGGUAUUUACAAGGGAAACCGAACACCUGUAACAGAGGAGAAUCAUUUCGUAAACGGCAUUGAAUUGGAAUGCAGGUCAUUUUGACAUUUGCUUCUUAACUUUUCUAAUUCAAAGAUAAAAGCCUCCUCAUCCUAUGUUGGUUUAGACUUUUUGAUCGCUUGCACAUAUUUUUACAUUGAAUUUGAAUCCACCAGAACUUUCAAAGCACGACUCCGUGAUUCAGUAAAAGUGUUCUGAUAAAUGAAGAAUGUUACUGUUUUAAAUCAUACAACACAAGUACUGUGUAAAAAAAAAAAAAAAAAAAAAGAUGCAUGUUGCAUUAUUUUUAGUGUUAAGUCUGGUUUAGUCCAGAGAUGGUGUAUAUUCCAUGCUUAGUCAUAUUUUUAUUUUUCCCCUUGCCCUAAACCCCCCAUCCCAGGUCUAUUUUUUAAGAUGGUCCCGUACUUGCUUUAUACUGUGUUUUCCAUGUAUAUACACUGUGCAAGAGUCGUGCCUUUUUACUCCAAAUUAAUGCAUCAUUUUCAAAUCUUUUUUUCCCCUCCAGACAGAAGUUAAAUGCUAUAUUCUAAUAUUAGGGUGGUUAAUGAAAAAUUUUUUUUUUUUUUGGUGUUUUGAUGUUUUAAAACAUGCUGUUGCUUCAAACGGAUACCAGACGUUGCAUUUUAUGUUCACAACAACACUGAAAAGGUCACAAUUUCUCCUUGACUGGAUAAUUCUAUGUGCAAAAGCCUUUGGAGGAGAGUGUGCAUUGUGAAUUUGUUGAUAUGAGUAGGUGUGGCUCUUGUUAUAGUGUUAAUUGUAAAUUGUGUUCAGGCUUUCUCCAAGCAUUUUAUCUGCAAGUAUUAUCCGACACCAAUGUUACAGCGUCCUUUGGUUAGUGUUUCAUUUUCUUAAUAAACUGAGCGCUGCUUUGUGCCCUUGGGAAACCAUUGCACAGUGGGAAAAGAAGCCUUUUUUUUAUUGUUCUCGUUGGGAUGAAAACAAACCCUGGUCUUCUUGGUUGUAAUCUUCACAACAACAACAACCCACAAUGGUCCUGACAAUAGAGGCUGUUUUAGCUGCAGACUUUGAUAGUGUCAUCAGAGCAUCGCUUCAGCUUCUGAUGGACGCACACGCAUAUAUAGGCUAUUAUGUGAAUGUGAAAAGUGCUACAGUCAGAUACAGCUUAACGCCUUCUUAAAAAAAAACCUCCACCUUGUUCUUCAUUUGCCAAAAGCAUUUUUGCUCUGUGUGUUCAUUGAUGGAUAACUCAUAACAAGAAGCUUUUGGGGGGUGGGGGUACAUUUAGCAAUUCGAUGUUUAUUUUCUUUACGUUUUUGAAUGAACGUUGAAUAUGCAGGUGUACUGAAAGAAGAAUACAAUCCCCUUGGUGUGUGUUGUAAUCUUGAUAGUGAAGGUAAUAGAAGUGAUGGAGAAGCACUGGUGCUCUCUAUCACGCUCACAGAUAUGAGUUUUUUGUCAAGUUGUUUUUGAGAGUAACCAAAAGGGAGGCUGUCUCGUGUGUUAUGAUGUUAACCGAUAUACACUCCAUUCCAUAAGCAUUGCUCAAAACAAUAAAGCACUUUGUCUGCAA